AUGGGAACAGAAUAAUGUGAGGUAUAACUAUCAAAGUGACGUGUUCUCUCGUAAUAUGUUUGACGACGGGAUAGGAGUAAUCGAUGACGCCAACGAGCACAGACAAGCUGAUGCGAAUUUUCAAUGGCCCAUUGCUAAUCUCGGGUGCAAAGUUCAGACCGAGUGAAAGCAAAAACUCCCUACGUGCACAAAUAUAGACCAUCAUAAAAUAUCCACUGAAACUCGGUGUAAUCGUAGUUCUUGUUUCCAAAAUGACCUGAGAAGUUUGUGUUUGAGAGCUGAAGGAAUAAGUGAAGACGAUAAGUGCAUUUGUACGAGGCUUUGGUCGACUACGAGGAAGUCUGAUACAUCAGUUACGAUGGAGGACAUUGAGCUUGAAUCCCUGGUGAAUCCGAAUGACCUGGAUCCUGGAGUUAUUGAGGACGAUGUAAUUGAAUCUGUAUCGAACUUGGGGGCAUCGUUCUCACAUGGCUCUGGGGAUGACUCGAGUGGGGAGAGAUCUGCAUUUUGUUACACACCGGAGAGGCUUGUGAGGGCCAGGGAGUACAGGAUUUUAACUCCUUCGCCGAAAUAUUUUUUCGAUAGUUGUGUGGAGAAUGGGGGGAUGGCUUCAGCGUUUAGGGAGGCACGUCCUAAGACACCGAGGUUCAGGAGAAAGUUGGAGGAUCUUAUUGAUUCUUCGAAAAUUGGAGCUUCCCAAUUAGAAGCUCUCCUGGACGCAACCGCUCCGGAAGUUCGGGUUCCCCUCUCAAUUCGUCGAUUUCGUCAUCAUCGAAACUACCAAACAAACAAAGUCCUUCAGGAGGAGGUGUCUCCUUCCAAAGAACUCCUGGAAAUUGCCAAUCGAGAGAGUCCCAUUCGUUACGAGACACCCGAGCCCGCAAGCAGCAACUCCUCGACUUAUGGAUGCUUAUGCAACAGCCUGGAGGAUCGCGAAAAAUCAUCCCGCUCGGUAGACGAUACUUCUGGGAUCCAAAGCAACACGUGGAGUGAAAGUAGCUCUGGGUUUCAGACCCCGGUUUGUUUGUCCAUGGAGUUAGCAGCGGUUUCGACUGUAUCCCAGUGUCAGAGCCAAUCCAGAGGAGUGCUGAACCAAGUAGUCAGUCUCCUCGAGGGUCUCCGGCCGACCUCUCUGCACCCCCCAGACGUCGACUGCCUGAUCCAAGACAGAUUCUGUCGGAGUUCAUCCACUCACGACUACCUAACGCGUCUCGCCUUAUCCGUCGAAGAGGAAUCAGACCCCAAACACGACAGAACCACCGCGGAAGAGCUUGACGAGCUCCGGGAGAGGGUCGACCAACUCCAAGAGAACAGUAGAUGCAUGUACAGAGACAUCGGACUCCUUCGGAUAGACUUCCAGUGUGAAGAACGAAAACUCGACAAUUUACAAAACGAAACUUCGAGAUUCCACCGCGAUAUGAACGAACUCCGUUAUCUCGAUGAUCUACUCAAUUUGUUGCGUGGCGAACUAGCAAGAAUAUCAAGGAGGAACUGGCCCUUCAUUAUUGGCCACGAUAACUAUGACAACGAAGAAAUUAAUCUCGUGGUGUAAUCAAGACUGUAAUAUUCAUGUACCAAAAUUUUUUAGGAUAAUCGGGUGAGGCGUAGGAUAUUAAAAAAAUGCUGCCAAUUUUAUGACGAUUUUAUCACAUAUUAUAAAUUCAUUUAGACACCGUUUGCAAAAUUUGAGAAACCCCAGAAGCAGGGCAACAACAAAAAUGAUUUUUAA